AUGGUACCGGUACUUCGGCCUAGCUGGCUCACGGACUUUGUGCAGACAUGGGGCGAUCCCAAUGGUCUUACACACUGGCCAACUGACGCAACAAGGGACAUCCUGCCCGUUACCUGUCAUUCCCACAACGACUAUUGGCGUCCAGUUCCCUUAUUUUCCGCUCUUAACGCCGGAUGUAUUAGUGUUGAGGCUGAUGUCUGGCUUAUCGAUUAUGAGCUCUACAUUGCUCAUUCAAGAUCCGCGGUAGCUCCCAACCGCACGCUAUACUCUCUCUAUGUUGACCCUCUUGUGGAACUGCUAGACAAGCAGAAUCCCAUUCCAAGAUUUCAUCCUGCCAAAGACCAGUCACUGCAUGGUGUAUUCGAUACUAACCCAAGCCAAACUCUCGUCUUGUUGAUUGACUUUAAAACGGACGGCCUAGAGACAUUACCCCAUGUGGUUUCGCAACUGUCACCCUUGCGAGACGGGGGGUAUCUAAGCUAUUGGAACGGGGUUGACUUUGUCGAGGGACCCGUUACAGUGGUUGCAACAGGCAACGCACCUUUUGAUUUGUUGACCGCCAAUUCGUCUUAUCGUGAUGUCUUCUUUGAUGCGCCUCUUGACAUGAUGGAGGAUGGAGAGCCAAUACCUCUUCGAAAGCGUGCAGCAGGCCAGGAACAAAGUCAAGGCAACACUAGGAUCCCAAGUGUGGUGGAUAUAGAUACCUUCAACCCAUCGAAUAGUUAUUACGCAUCGGUAUCCUUCAGAAAGUCCAUUGGUUAUCCGUGGCAUUUACAUAUCACUGCAGAUCAACUUCGGCACAUUCGAGCUCAGAUUAAUGGAGCGCAUCGACGGGGGCUGAAAGUCCGUUAUUGGGGUACUCCAAGCUGGCCCGGCAAUCUUAGGUAUUACAUCUGGAGCAUCUUAGAGCGAGAAGGGGCCGAUAUCCUUAAUGUCGAUGACUUGAAGAGUGCAACUGGUGAGGACUGGAGACAGCGGGCAUCAGAUUGGUGGUUUUAG